AACUCACUCUUCAGUCCUCACAUAUCAUUAUCAUUUUAAGUACUUCGUUGCCAUUUUAGGUAUUUACUAGUUUAGUUAUCUCAUUCCACCCUUUUUCCAUAAAAACAAAUCUCUUAAAAAGAAAAUAAUCAUGUCUCAUUUACCUAUUGAUGCGACCCAACAAGCAGUGCCUCCUCACAUGAUCAAGCGACCUUGUGCAAAUUUCCGUCCUAGUGUUUGGGGGGAUUUUUUCCUUCAAUAUGAUUCAGAAUCUUUGAAAGUCGAUGAAAAUAUGAAGCAACAAGUUCAGAUGCAAAAAGAGGAAGUGAAAAAGAUUUUUCUAUCUUCAAACAAUAGCAUCUCAAAAAAACUAAACUUGAUUGACUCUUUCCAACGUUUGGGUAUAUCUCAUCAUUUGGAAGAUGAAAUUGAUGAAGUAUUAGAACAAAUUCACAACACUUUUACUAACAAUAACAUGAUCACCAUAAAAGAAGGUAGCCUUCACUUUCUUGCUUUAGCAUUCCGUUUGCUUAGGCAAAAAGGAUAUCGCAUUUCAUCAGAUAUAUUUGAACAAUUCAAAAAUAAGGAAGGAAACUUCAAUGAAGAAGUUGCCAAAGAUGUUCAAGGAAUGUGGAGCUUGUAUGAAGCUGCACAAUUAAGGGUUGGAGGGGAAGAUAUAUUUGAUGAAGCACUUGAUUUCACAUACACUCAUCUGAAUUUCAUGACUGAUAAACUGAGUCCAUCUCUCGCUGCUCAAAUAACUCACUACUUAAGGAAACCUUUUCACAAGGGAGUUCCUAGACUGGAGUCAAGGCUUUACAUGUCUUUCUAUGAACAAGAUCCUUCUCAUAGCAAAGUUCUUCUAACCUUUGCAAAGUUAGAUUUCAACAUGCUACAAAAAUUGCAUCAAAAAGAAGUUGCCAGUAUCACCAGGUGGUGGAAAAAUUCAGACUUUGCGGCAAAGGUCCCUUACGUGAGGGAUAGAGUAGUUGAGGUUUACUUUUGGCCAUUUACAAUGUCUUAUGAAGCUAAAUACAGCACUUCAAGAAGGAUAGUGGCUAAACUGAUUGCAUGUGUCACUCUUCUAGAUGAUACUUAUGAUGCCUACGGUACAAUUGAAGAACUUGAACUAUUCACGCAGGCACUCCAAAGAUGGGAUAUUAGUGUCAUUCAAUCUCUUCCAGAGUGCAUAAAAGUGGUAUUUACAGCAACUGUAGAACUAUGGGAUGACAUAGAGACCACUACAGCAGUGGAUGGAAAAUUGGGUUGGGUGUUGCCAUAUAUUAAACAAGCUUUUUAUAACUUGGCACAAUCCUACUUUGUUGAAUCUAAAUGGUGUCAUGAGAACUAUGUUCCAACAUAUAAUGAAUACAAGGGUAAUGGAGUUGGAUCUUCUACCUUGCGACUUCUAAUAAUAUCAUUCAUUGGCUUGGGAGAAUUUUCAACGAAAGAGUUGAUUGACUGGAUUUUCACCAAUCCAACAAUCAUCGAAGCUAUAUCAAUUAUUGGCAGACUCGUGGAUGACAUGGCCUCGCAUAAGUUUGAGCAGCAAAGAGUGCAUGUUGCUUCAGCAGUUGAAUGUUGUAUGAAGCAAUAUGACAUUUCACAAGAAGCAGCCUAUAAAUUAAUGCAGAAGGACGUCAAAGAUUUAUGGAUGGUGGUAAAUGAAGAGUGUCUCAAGUUAGACUACAUUCCAAAGCCCGUGCUUGAUUGCAUUCUUAAUUUAUCACGAGCGAAUGAGUUUAUGUACGACAACUUUGAAGAUAGAUUCACAGAUGGGAAACUGUUGAAGGAAUACAUGGUUGCACUGCUAGUAGAUCCAAUCCAAUAAGCAUUGAUCAAUAUGUGUAGAGGAAGCAACUUCAAUUAUAAGUAGCUAUUUAACGCUUUUGUUUUACAUUUUUGUGCUUGGUAAUAAGACACGCUAUUUCAUUAGUAAGUAGUAAUUCUUUUCUA